UCCAGUUUCUUGCACAACCGAGAGCACUACUCCAUGGACAAGAUGUCAUCAGCAGGUUUGAAUGCUGGGAAGAAAAAUGCAUACAAAGCAAUGAAAGUAGAUCCUGAUGAGGAUUACUCCACCCCAGGUGCAUUUGAAUUGGAGCGUCUCUUCUGGAAAGGAUGCCCACAGUACACUCAUGUCAAUGAAGUCUGGCCCAAUCUCUACAUAGGAGAUGAGAAAACUGCACUAGAUCGCUACAGCCUUCAGAAGGCAGGCUUCACCCAUAUCCUCAACGCGGCCCAUGGUCAGAGGAACGUGGACACAGGACCAGAAUACUAUCAUGACAUGGCUGUGGAGUACCAUGGAGUGGAAGCAGAUGAUCUUCCCACUUUCAAGCUCAGCCAGUUCUUUUAUUCAGCUUCUAAAUUCAUCGAUAAUGCGCUUCAGGAUGAAAGAAACAAAGUUCUGGUUCACUGUGCUAUGGGUCGCAGCCGGUCAGCUACACUGGUCUUGGCUUACCUGAUGAUUUACAAGAACAUGACAGUAGUGGACGCCAUUGAGCAAGUGUCAAGACACCGAUGCAUUCUGCCAAACCGGGGUUUCUUGAAGCAGCUGAGAGAACUGGACAUAGCGUUGACACUGCAGAGGAGGAACACCAAAAACAGCCUACCAUCUGAAGAUGAUGAAAACAGCACCAAGAUCUAGUAUUGCUGCUGGCAGGGUUGUGCUGGAAAAAAAACUUCAUAAAAAUUAACUGUAGUUAAUUACAGUCACAAGAACCAUUUGCUAUUUGGAAGGAAAACCAAAGUAAUUUCAAAUACUGUCAGGAUAAGAAAGAAGGGAAGCCAGAUUUUAAACCCAUCUUUUUAGAAUGCUUAAGCCUUAGAAGAAUUCUUUUGUUACAUCAGCAAAUAAAUUUUAUCCUCUGUGAAAAAGUUUUUGCAGCACAAAAGCAGCACAACUUCAAA